CUCUUGAGCAAAUCAUAAUGUACAUUUAUGAAGCAAACAGGAAAAUAAGCCUGGUGGGAGGGGUGUAGAGAAAUACAGUUUGUUCCUUGUCUCCUUGUGACAUACUCACUAUGCCAUACUCAGAAGUUCAGCGAAGACACCACAAUGACUGAUCCAAACUCGUCUGCCUUUUCCUUUGACUUUAGCUCUAUUUAUGACGCGCUCAACUUCACUUACAAUGACUCAAGUGAGUUUUACGUCGACCCUGCCACCCAGCCGUGCAGCACCUUCUCCAUCCCAGAUGCUGUGAUGGUUGUUGUCUGUAUAUUUUACAUCCUGAUCUUUCUGUUGGCAAUACCUGGAAAUCUGGUCGUGGGACUGGUGAUCAGUCAUAGCAAGCAGUCCCUGCCUCCAUCUGACCUCUACCUUCUUCACCUGGUAAUUGCAGACCUCCUACUGGCCAUUACCCUCCCAUUCUGGGCCACCUCUGUUACACAGGGCUGGGUGUUUGGAGACGCCAUGUGCAAAGUAGUUACUAUCCUCCAAGAGCUGAGCUUCUACUCCAGCAUUCUCUUCCUGACGUGCAUCAGUAUAGACCGUUACAUGGUGAUUGUACGAGCUAUGGAGGCCCGCAAGGCCAACCGACAGCUGGUCAGCUGGGGAGUUUGUGCUGCUGUCUGGGCUGUUGGAGCGUUUCUGUCCCUGCCAGGUUUCUUCAGUUCUUCUUUUUCGUCUCAAAACUCCAGUCACAUAGUGUGUGCUGAACAAUAUGAUGCCAACAGUGCUAACGAGUGGAGGCUGGCCACCAGAAUUUUUCGCCAUGCAUUGGGUUUUUUUAUCCCCUUGGCCAUUAUGCUCCCCUGUUAUGGAACAACUAUCCAGCGCCUCCUUCACAUCCGUGGGGGGUUUCAGCGGCAACGUGCCAUGAGAGUGAUCGUGUUCGUGGUCGUGGCCUUCCUGCUUUGUUGGACUCCGUACCACAUUGCAGUGCUGGCAGACACGUUUAUCAGGGCAAAGAUAGUGCCCUACCAGUGUCCUGCGAGGUUGGCAGUGGACCGGGCUAUGUUUGCUACCCAGAGUCUGGCCCUGCUUCACAGCUGUGUAAACCCAGUGCUGUAUGCGUUUGUUGGUGAGAAAUUCAGGAAGAGGUUCUUGCAGAUGAUGAUGAAGACAGGCCUUGUGGAAAGAGCAUCGGUGUCGAGAAGCAGUAGAUCUUCGCUGUCAUCAGAAAUCACAUCCACAUUCAUGUGAGACCACCAAAUGGCCACUAUCAAAAAGUAUUGUACAUAUUUUUACUAUUGUGUUGCAAGUUUGUAAAGAGUUUUUAAUGCUUUGUUCUUCUUUAUAAUCUUAUUUAACUUAGCUUUCCAGUUUAUAGCAGAAAAAUGCUGCUUAAUGUUAAGCUUUAACCAUUUGUUGUGAGCUAUUGAAAUCCCCUCUCUUUACUUAGCCAUUUCUAGUUUUGAGGAAACUGUGAAAAACCUGUCUGACAAAAUAAAAUUUCAAGUGUCAAAAUAUUUCAACACAAUGACAUUAUGUCACAACUGUUGAUGAACACUUUGACAUGCAGGUGGGAAAUGCUUCAGACUUUGAAAUACAAGUCAGUGUUAGGUGGUGAAAUAUUUGGCCUCUGCGCAGUCGUUUAGACUGUGUAUGAUACAAAUUUACAGACCACUAUUACUCUCCUUUUUUUGUACUUCAAGCUCAAGAUGCCUAAACUGCAGCAUAAAAAUAAAAAUAACAUGUACCAUGUUGAACUCCAAAUAUGUAUAUUUUUUUUACAGUAAUGAUGUAUUACAAUCAUUUUUCAAGACAGCUGGCUGUCAUUCGCAUGCAAAACAAUUUGAAGUGUCUGUAUAGUUGAAAUUAUCAUUAAAGUUUAAUAAUAAAUCACAAAAAACAUCCA